AAAAAUGAAAGUGUUUCACUAAAGAUGUCUGAAGCUCCAAUCUCAAGGUUUUCUGUAUCAAGAUAUGUUAGUAAUUCUACGAGAAUCGACGCUGCUCCACUUAUGCCAGAUGUAAACUGCACCAGCAAUGUAAGGGUCAUCUACCAGUAAAUGUUAAUGGAAUGAUAGGUUUACCUCCUAUUUGUGUGAAUGAUGACCUCAUUACUAUUGAUGAUAGAGGACGACUCAAUAAGAAACUGUUAAAAGAAGAUCUUAAUGGUUACGUAUUUUCUUCAGAGUUAAGAACAACUUUAAUGGGAAAGAAAGGUAUGUUACGAUUUGAGGGAGCUGGUUCCCGACCUCUCACCACUGUUAGAGGAGUAGCGGUAUGUAAUUGGAAUGUGAAGCCUCACGAAAUACUUAUGCCUCACACAUGGCUCAAGUCUCUUAAUAUACCUAUAUUAAAAAGCAAGGAUUCAUUUACAUCUCCAUACUGGUCAUUUAAGAAUGCAAUGGAAGGAGAUAGAGCCUUAUUAAUGAGAUGUCCAUCUAUUUUCGAAACAUCUGUUAUGGGCGUUACAUUAAAAGGAUGGUCAACUCCGGCCAUAGGUAUUCAUCCAUCUAUGUGUGAGUACCUCAAUCUCGAUUUUGAUGGAGAUGAAGUUCAUGUUGCCGUUAUUGCUGAUGAUAAGUCGGUAAAGGAGGUUGAUAGCCUAAUUGAGAUAAGAGCUGGUUUCGAUAAAUUUACUGAUACUAACAUAAGUACAAUAAUGUUAGAAUGUAGAGUUCCUAUAACUACUGAUUUCAUGUUGCCAAGCACGAUUCCUUUAAGAUAUAUCCUUCAAGGUGUAGACUUUAUCUCCAUUUCUAAGUAUAUGAAGUUAUGUCGAUGUAAGAUUGAAUUAAACGACUCUAUUAGAGAUCGAUUGAUAAAGCGAUCCUAUGUCAGAAAGUAUGUAGAGACAUCAAAUAAUACUGUCCCAUAUUGGUCUAGAGAAAAGUUUUCAACUGAACAGGUAUAUAUCAAUAAUGAGGGUAAAGGAAGGGAGUACGGAUACCCUGCAUGUAGAGUAUUCACUAGAAUAGCGAGUAACCAUAUGCAAAAAGCAUUAGAUGAUGCAAAGCAUACAGUCACCUCCACUGGUGAAGAUGUAAUGAUAAGUCUUAUGGAUCCCACAUCUCCUUCUAAGGAAUUGAGAUCAUUCAAAGGCAAAUUGUCCAUUGUUAAUGAAGGUGUAAGAAGUAGAGGAAAGAGAAUAGGUACCACAUCAAGAAUUCAACUAGGUCUUAUGAAUAACCAUGAUUGCCUACAAAAUUGCACUUUAAUCGUAAUAGCAGGCUGUAAAAGUAUGGGAAUUGAUGUAUCUGAUAGUGCGUUAACACAAUUGGUGUCAGUUAUAUAUCAUGCUGUACAGAGUGCACCUAACGCUGUACUUUCUGCAGAGCUACCUGUAAGAUUCCUAUCGGAAGUAAAUAGUAAUUAUCUCACUGUUGCUCUAACUGAGAAUAUCAUUACAGCUGAU